AUGGAAAAGAAUGGAUCGGUGACAUUGGAUAGCGAAAGCCAAUCGAUCAGAAGUCUUUUGAGAGAUACACUAAGCUCACUGAACCUCACUGAACAUGAUGGACCUGCAACAUCAGACAGCCGUUCUACAUGGAAAGAUAUUGAUAGCCUUAACCUGAUUUGCAAUGGCGGCGAUCAAGCCAUUACCGAGGAUCGAAGCUACUUUCAUCCGGCGGGUACCGCUUGCGGGGGUUUCGAGGGUACACAAAUACCCCGAUCCUGGCUUACUGGCACCGCUAAGUUAGAUCAGCCAGCCUCUCCAAAUCUACUGCAGGACGCCGAGCUUACCGAAGCCUCUCAAAUGGAGAGUCUAGAAGAGAUCCUGCGUCCCCGUGGUACACUCUUCGUCGGGUGCUCUGUACCUAGCUGA